CUUGUAUGAAAUAUAUUGUUAAAUUUUUCUGAUAUAAAAUCAAUCUAUUUUAGGGUUUAUUUUUCUAAAGCAACUAAAAUGAUGAAUUUAUUUCUAUACGUAUUAAAUUCUGCAAUGAUAUUUACCGAAGUUGGCGGACAGUGGACAACAGGCAGAAUACGUUCAGCUGAACAGUCUGCCACAGCAUCGGGCGAGCCAACGCCGGUAUUCAAUGGAGGUUUACCAGGCUUCGGACCAGUGACAGAUCACUUAUCUUUCCAAGCACCUUUCAUUGUAGGAAGGAAAUGGCGAGCUAUGCACCCAAAGGUAAAUCAGUUGGAAGAAUUGCUGGCUCGUGAUCACAGUGGAAAUGAAAUUACACCUCCAUCAAAACUUGAUACAGAUACAUUCAAAGUGGAUCAUGUCUCCAUGCAAUUUACCAAACUAAACAAUAAAUCAUCUCGUGGACUUUUGCAAAGCCUCAUCCUUGGUACAAGUGGCUAUUUACAAAGCGUACAAAGACUGCUUAGCCAUGAAAAAGAAUCCAGUAAGCAGAAUAUUCCAAGUGCUAGUAGAAUAAAGCAUGCUCUUCUAUCAGCAAGAUAUGGCAACACACUUGAGCCAGGUUCAACGAUUCUUACAGCCACAGGUCUGACUGAAGAUAUACCGGUAGCUGGUAAAGGACAUAUGAUUAAUGCCAUCACGGCGCAUUCUGGUCUCAAAACGAAACGUGCAUUUCCAUUUCAAGUUGUGGUAAUAGUUAGUAAACCAAAUGGGCCUCACAGAAACUCAUUUAUAUUUUUGCCUCUAUGGGCCGACAUGACCGUCCUUGAUGCCUUCAAAUCGGCCACAAGAACAUACAUGGACCAUAAUACAGCUGGUGUAAAAGACAUUCCUUUCAACAUAGUGCUCGGUUGGAAUAACAAAUUACAAUGCUAUGUUACCGUCGAAGCUGUCGGCGUAGAAAACAGACGUAGACAAGCUUGGUACUUCACAGUUAGAAACUACUUGCAUGAGGUUGUAUAUAAAGGUCGCUGCCUUCCAGGAGACGAUGUUAUUCUCAGACCAAGAAGCAGCGUUCAGCUUACAUUUGAACGAAAGAAACGUCGCUCGGAUUAAAAAAACAACAAAACUUUAGUUCACUUGUGAAGUGAUUCAAAAUUCAAUAAUGCGGGUUUUUGAAAUAUGUGUUAAAGUAUUUAUAUCAGAAUUAUUUUCAUAAUAAUAUUUUGUAACUUGCAAAACAACAGAAAAUAUCUAUUAAAACAUAUUUUUACUCUAAACGUCGUCGAAAUGGUACAACUUACUCACCUUCUACCACGGCAAACAGCCUGUCUUGCCCUUGAUAUCACGAAAACCUUUGACUUUCAACCUAUAUAUCCGAGGGUUGCAUUCUGCAUAUUUAUUUUCCCACUUUUUGCCUUAAUAUGUUUGUUUUGACUUUGUUGUCUAUGUGUUUAACACUGUAAAUGUUUUAAUGUGUACAUGAUGUGGGCAUAGGAAAAAGAGAUCAAUAUAAUUGCAUCUUUUCUAAUCCUACCAGGUGUUCUGUAUUACAAAAGUGCUUUUAUUGUGACAUUUUUGAUACAAGCAAAUCUGUAUUAUCUGCACUA